AACGUCCGUUGAUUUAAAAAUCCAACAGGUACUGGCCAGCCGUCGACCAGUCGAGUUUAUUUUAACAGAGGCUUUAUUGGACAGAAAUGGUUGUUAUUGGUAGUUAAAAAACAGACGCUUGACUUUAAAAGGAAGUAUUUUACAGAAGGAAGAUGGAGUUGGAGAUGACGGAGACUGUUCGCUCGACACCGAGUCGCCACGAGAAAAGUUUGGGGCUCCUCACGAUGAAGUUUGUCAGUCUGCUUCAAGAAGCGAAGGAUGGCGUCCUGGAUUUGAAAGUGGCUGCAGACAGCUUGGCAGUGAGACAGAAGAGGAGGAUAUACGACAUUACCAACGUACUGGAAGGAGUCGGGUUGAUUGAGAAGAAAAACAAGAACAUAAUCCAGUGGAGGGGAGAGAACUCAGGCAGCCAAACUCAGGAGGUGUUGGAGCAGUUGAAGGUUUUGAAGGCCCAAAUCUCUGAGCUGGAGGCCCAAGAGAAAGAGCUGGACCUCCAGAAGGCAUGGCUCGAGGAGAACAACACACAUAUCAACCACGAUCCCAUCACCAGCCCUUAUAAAUUCGUCACGCAUGAAGACAUCUGCAAUGCCUUCAGUCGAGACACUCUUCUUGCUGUAAUGGCUCCUGCUGGGACGCAGCUGGAGGUACCUCUGCCAGAAACGGGUCAGAGUGGUCAGAAGAGGUAUCAGGUGAACCUGCGCAGCCACUCGGCUCCCAUCCAGGUGAUGCUCAUCAACAGGGAUUCAGACUCCUCAAUACCGGUGGUCUUCUCCGUGCCGCCCAUCGACGACAUCUGUCCAAUGCCAACUCCCCCCAGCACCCCCGCCACCCUGCAGAGGUUUCCUCUCACCACGUCCAGCUUCUCCUCCUCCAACACCACCUCCUCCUCCUCCUACUGCAGCCAGGGCUCCUUCUGCUCAGACCACCAGAUGGUGCUGCCCGACCACGACGAGGCGCUGACGCCCACCUCCACCCCUCCUGACAUGCAGAUGGAGUGUCACGUUCAGUCCGCGGUGAUGUUGGGGCAGCAGCAGAUGGACCUGGGCUCAGAGUUUCAGUCGGUGCUGGACGUGGGCAGCCUGCUGAAGCUCAGCGCACCCGGAGACCACCUGAAGGACGACAGAGAUGGUGCUGUGGACCUUAUUGAUGAGCUAAUGUCUGCGGAGGUAAUAGACUACAGCUUUAACCUGGACGACAACGAGGGAGUGUGUGACCUUUUUGAUGUGCAGAUCCUAAAUUACUGAUGGCCCUCAUCUGGACACUUGUACAAUCUCAGCAGGCACUUUUUGCCUCUCUCUAAAGAGGCUCUAAAGAUGCCUUUCCCCAUUUUUGUUAUAAUUGCACAGCUGAUACUUAAACAUACCGCUGUUAUCUGAAAAAAAACAUGCACAUCAGACUUGUUACUGUUUGUCUGCCAGGCAACUUGAGUUUGCCACACAACACAGAAGGGCCUGAAAUACUCACCAAUGAGUCAUUAUGUGUCCAAUUGAAUCGUUUCCUAGUUAAAGAUCAUUCAGAGUAAUAGUUGGUGGAAGUGAGCCAGGACAAUCUUCAGCCUUACUGCACUUUUGCGUGUAUGUAUUUUUGUACUUUUCUACAUCCAGAAAUGUGAAAACCCUCUUUGUUUCAACAAUUCAGUAUUGGCUUCUUUCUUACAUUUGAUACAGGGUUUAUGAUCGAGUUCAGGGCAUGUAAGUCACUUUACAUGAAAAGCAUCAUUUGUAAAAGUUAGUUAUUUUUGAUAAAAGGGCAUUUUGUAUUUAAUAAGUGAAUGUUUUGGUUACAUUUUGUAACCUUGUUCUCAUGUGAAAAUGCCAGAAAGAUUUAUUUUCUAAAUUAUUGAGACUGCCAUUUUAGGCCUCUAAAGUUUUGUUUUUUACAUUUUGUAUAAUUAGUUAUAUAUUUAAAUAACUAAUGUUUUUUUUAUUAUUUAAUUAAAAGAAUAUAUUCUUGGUUCUAGUUUGUUGAAAAUGAAGCUGUUUGACUGCCUUAAUUGUGAUUCGUGAAUUAGCCAGAUAUCUGAUCUGAAAUGUCUAAUUGUUGAGAUGUUAAAUAUUUUGUAUAUUUAUGGUUUUCUUUGAUUACAGAAGUCAUGUUUUUGUGACGUAUUGUUUUUUAUUUGCACAUUUAUGAAGUUUUUUCAAUAAAUCUCCAUUUACAAAGUUGCUGACAACUAGUGAUU